AUGGGGGACGACAACAAAAAGAAAAAUGUCCUCCUUUUGAUUGCGGACGACCUAGGUCUACACUUGGGUUGUUACUCUUCCAGGGUCAAGACACCUCACCUCGACAAACUCGCAUCUCAGGGCACGAGAUUCACUCGGGCGUUUGCCAGUACGGCUUCGUGCAGCGGAAGCCGAUCGACCAUCUACACCGGUCUUCACACUCAUCAAAACGGCCAGAUGGGACUGGCUCACGGUUGGAAUCAUUUCCAGACCUACGACCACGUCGAGACUCUACCACAAAUCUUCAACGCCCUCGGUUAUCAGACCGGAAUCAUUGGAAAAGUCCACGUCGGCCCUGCGCAGGUGUAUCCUUGGGAGGUGAAUGAGGCGAGUCAGACUCGAGACGUCCGAUGGUGCGCUCAAAGGACAGAGGCGUUUAUCCAGGCGGCUCAAAAAUCAAACCGCCCCUUUCACCUGACGGUAGGGUUUCGGGACCCCCAUCGCGACGGUACGAGAGGAGGGUUUGGUAACGACGAAGAAGACGUCCGUGACUUGGAUCGUCUUCUACCCCGGUAUUCCCCAGACGAGGUCGACAUUCCACCUUUCCUCUCGGACGUACCGGAAGUGAGGGAAGAACUGGCAGGGUACUACAGAGCCAUCGGUCGAAUGGACGUGGGGGUCGGAUUGAUCGUGGAUGUUUUGGAAAAAACCGGACUCGACAAGUCGACCAUGGUUGUGUUUGUCAGUGACAACGGUGCACCUUUUAUCAACUCGAAAACGACUCUUUACGACGCGGGUGUGAAACUCCCGCUCAUCGUGAGGUGUCCCGUGGGAACGCCCGGGGUGGUGAACCCCAACGUGGUAUCAUUCAUCGACAUACUACCUACGUGUCUCGACUGGACCGGGAGAAACGUCGAGGAGGUCACGACCUGCAACACUGGCAAAUCUCCAAGACGACUAGGUCGGUCCUUCUUACCAAUCUUGAAUUCAUCCCAGGAGAUAUUGGACGAAGCCUCCUGGCAACAGUGGGUUUUUGGGUCACACACCUUUCACGAAAUCCAGAAUUACUGGCCCACCAGAUUCAUGAGGACCCGACGGUUCAAGUACCACCGAAACAUUGCCUGGCGGUUGGAAUUCCCUUUCGGCACCGACCUGGCGGUGAGUCAAUCUUGGGAGGGGAUCAGGAACGCCACGGAUCCCGUCACCAUCGGAGAGAGGUCACUGGAGAGUUAUUUGUUCCGCGGUCCCGAGGAGCUCUUUGAUCUGGAAAACGACCCUCUGGAACUUCGAAAUCUGGCUCACGAUGAAAAUCAUCGGGACAUUCUGUGCAAGUGUCGCGGCGAACUGGAAAAGUGGCAAUACCGAACCAACGACGUUUGGUUGUUCAGGGACAGUAUUUCGGUGGUGGCGUCCAGGCAACAUCAAGAACAGGGACUCCGAAUCCCAGAUCGUUUCGACAUGGACGUCGAGAAACCCGGGAACCGGGAGGGACCACAUUGGACGGCCCCUUCUGACGUCGAGAUCACGGGAGGAGACGACCUGAUGUUUUCUGGAUAG